AUGGCUAUGCUGCGCGGCUUGCUUGUUCUGAUGGCAAUUGCCUCUUCGGAGAUUGCCUUCCCCAUUGAGGAUGACAGCAGCGUCAUGAUGCUCCAGGUGAGGGCAAAGCGGGUCGACAAUCAGACAAACCAAAGCUACCACCCGGACAGCCAGACGAAUCAAAGCUAUCAUCCCGAGAAGAUGGAGAAGCACUACCACCACCAUCAUCAUCAUGGCAGCGGCCUUCACUAUCCCACGAAGCCGUGUCUUCCCCCGAUAUGCAAGCAUCAGGACACAAAGGGCCGCUGCGAAUCCGCAGGUUGCGACUGGCAUGACUUCGCUUCCUCGUUUAGCUACGACGGGACAUGCAGCGGGUAUGCUUAUCAUUUCGACGAUCCGGAUGCCACCAGUCAUUCAUGCUACAGUUUUUUUGACAAGCACAAGUGCCUGGCGACCAAUGGAUGUCGUUGGGAGACAAAUUCCUGGAGUUCAAACGGGAUUUGCGAUGGGGAGUCUCGCUUGUAUUGUGGCGGUCAGUGGUCGGCGGACCCAUGUUACCGCCAUGGCUGUCACUGGGACGAGGGCCUUCAUCAAGAAUGGCUGAGACACUGGCCACGCCGUUGA